AUGGCACCGAAAACUGCGCUUCCCCAUUUCCACUCCAACACUGCUCUCCAUCCCUCUUUUGACCAAGACAUUCGCGAUCUUCACCUCAUCUACGACUAUGACGCCCAAGACGACAACGGCAAACCGGAGAAGUGGCGCUACGAGAUGUGGUUUUUUUCCGACUCGCGCAUCGUCUAUGCCAUUCACGGCGGGCCCAUGGCCGGACGCAUCAACUACCAAACGGCCACGUACCAGUGCAUCCGGCCCGGCGAGCUCUGGCAGUGCAACUGGCUCGAGGAGACGGGCACGAUUUGCUCUUUAGUCUAUGAUAUCAAGCAGAAGAGGAUUACCACGCUGCUGGGCUUCUCGCAGGGACACUGGGAGAAUGCGGAGGCGGCGCAUGGAGAUAAGAGGAAUCCGGCGGAUUUGGAGCGUUGGAGAGGCUUGGCCAAGAUUGGAACGCAGAUUGACCGGUUCAUGUUGUCGGAACAGGCGAAUAUUCUCGAGACAUUCAAAGGGCCUGGUGAUCUACAGCCGAUAGGGGCAGAUGCCCCAACAUUUUAA